AUUCUCCUUGCUUUUAAGGAACUGUUAACAUAUUUGAACAGUGUGCUAAAGUAGCAUGAAUUGUUAAAUAUAACUGAAACUAACCCUUGAUGUAAAGUUUAUCACAACUCAAGCAUAGAAAAAUGCUAAAUACAGAAUUAAGAAGAUAUCUGCUAUAUAUAGUAAUCAUCAUCUCAGGCUGCAGUAUGGCAUACGUUCUAGUUUUGGGUCAAGUUGGCGAAAAUCUACAAUCGCAGUUACACAGCCGACCUCAACAUUCUUCUUUUAUGGAAACUACAUCUGCAGACCAAUAUAAGAGGAACCUACAGAUUUGGCAAUCCAUUGAAGCGGAAAGAGAAAUUGAGAAUGAAAUUCAAAUUGAAAAUGAGAAUGAAAUUGAAAAAGAAGAACUGAGCAGCACUAUUGCAGGAAAGGAUAAUGCUGAUUCAUCAUUUUUCGACUAUAAAGAAAAUGAAAAAGAUGAUAUUGAAGAAGAACAUGAAGAGCUUCAUAAACAAGAGAAUAUUACAGAAUAUUUGAGAUCAAGAGAAAAUAUUUAUGAAGAAAGACUCCAAAUUUUACACAGGAAACAAUCUGUUCUGAAAUCAAAAGAAUAG